UUUUUCACACUCCACACCUGUCCGUACGAGUUCAUUUUCUCUCUGUGCGAACCAGUUCAGCACGCCUUCCUUCUGCUCUCUCUCUCGAAGAGAAUCAUCAAACUGGACCGUGGUUUUUGGAGAAAUGCUCCAACAGCGUCUGUUUGGGUAUUUUAAUGUCGUUUUCUAUUUGACGAUUCUGACAUCGCUGGCUAGGGCCUUCACUAAUCCGUCGGAUGUUGCAGCUCUUCAGGAUCUGUACAGUGCCAUGAACUAUCCACUAGAGCUUAAAGGAUGGAGAAAAGAAGGUGGAGAUCCUUGUGAGGAAUCAUGGACUGGAGUGUCUUGCUCCGGUUUCUCUGUAAUGUACCUUAAGCUCCAUGGACUAAAUCUCACUGGGAAUCUUGGAGGACGGCUCAACAAUCUCAUAAAUUUGAAGCAAAUGGAUGUUAGCUCUAAUAGACUUACGGGUGAAAUUCCGCACAACUUGCCUCCUAAUGCGACUCAUAUAAAUAUGGCAUUCAACCGUUUAAGCAAAAAUCUUCCACAUACUUUAUCUUACAUGGGAAAUCUCCGACAUAUAAAUCUGAGCCAUAAUACUCUAUCUGGUGUGCUUGGAAAUGUGUUUGCUGGUUUACAGAAUUUGAGAGAGAUGGAUUUAUCAUAUAAUGACUUUGCUGGAGAUUUGCCAAAUUCCUUCAGUUCUCUGACGAACAUCACUAGACUGUUCUUGCAGCAUAACCAAUUCACUGGAUCAGUUGCCUACUUGUCCCACCUUCCAUUAAUUGACUUGAACAUCCAAGACAAUUAUUUUAAUGGCAUUAUUCCAGACAAUUUUAGAAACAUUCCAAAUUUGUGGAUUGGGAGCAAUAGGCUUCGUCCACAAGUUAAUUCUCCACCCUGGGAUUUUCCCCUGGGAAAAGAUCCUAUAAUGCAGAACAUCAGUGGUCCUCCAACAACCAAGUCAAACGCCAUCCAGAAUUAUCCCUCUCGUGGUGCCGUGAGGCAUGAGAAGAGAAGGCAUGGUUCUGGUGGAAUAGGUCUCCUGGUAGGAGGAGUGACACUAGUAGUAACCUUUGCAGCUCUCUUUGUCGUAUUUUCCAUGAAGAAAGUUCAUGAAAAGAAAAUAAAUUUGAAGAUUAGCAAUACGUUACCUCGUUCUCUUUCUCUGGGCAAAGCUGAAGAUGGUUCAUCAACUGCACCAGAAGAAGGCUCACAAAGCUUGCCCCUGAGUUCUCAAUUCAUGAGCUGUCCAAGGCCUAUACCUAUAUUAAAUCACACGAGAACCGAGAAAUUUUCAGGAAGAAAAGGUUUCUCAAACAGAUGUAGGCUCCCAGUGAGAACAAAAAUUUACACCCUGGCAGAGGUUCAAUCUACUACAAACAACUUUAGUCAAGAGAAUCUUCUGGGAGAGGGAUCUCUUGGUGCUGUUUAUAGAGCUGAAUUUCCUGAUGGCCAAGUUUUGGCAGUAAAAAAUCUCAACAUGGGAGCUCUCUCGUUUACAGAAGAAGAGCAAUUUCUGGAUGUGGUAUGGACUGCUUCCCGUUUGGGGCACCCGAACAUUGUUACGCUGCUUGGAUAUUGUGUAGAGCAUGGACAACAUAUUCUCGGAUAUGAAUACGUUCGAAAUCUGUCUCUUGAUGACGCUUUACACUGUGAAGCAUACAUGCCUCUGUCAUGGACUGUCCGUCUCCAGAUUGCUCUUGGAGUUGCUAGGGCUUUAGAUUAUUUGCAUACAAGUUUUUUCCCUCCAUUUGCUCACUGCAGUCUGAAGGCUGCCAACAUCUUACUCGAUGAAGAACUGAUGCCUCGUAUUUGUGAUUGUGGGCUGUCUGUUUUGAGGCCAUUUGUGACCAAUGGAGUUAAAACGAAGGCUUCUGAGAUUGUCAGCGGUGACAUAGGCUACCUUGCACCUGAACAUGGGCAGCCAGGAUUUGAUAAUACUAGAAGUGACGUGUAUACCUUUGGAGUGUUGCUUUUGGAGCUUGUCACAGGAAGAAAACCAUUUGACAAUUCGAAACCGAGGGAAGAGCAAUCGCUGGUGAAAUGGGCUUCAUCUCGGCUUCAUGACAACGAGAGUUUAGAACAGAUGGUUGAUCCAAGCAUUAAAGGAACAUUUUCCUCUAACUCCCUCUCACGCUUUGUCGAUAUCAUCUCCCUUUGUAUACAGCCUGCGAAGGAAUUCCGACCGCCAAUGUCCGAAAUAGUGGAACAUUUAACGAAUCUUCAAAGGAAGAUGGAGAUGGCCAAACGUGCUGCUAUAGAAGGAACUGAAGUGGAUCUUUUUGAAAAAUCAUUUCGUUCUACCAACACUGGCUACGUAAGUUCACCAACAUACAGCUAUCCUUCCACCUCAUUUUAGAAAAAUACUUUCCUAUGUGUAUAAUAGACGCUUUAGUAAGAAUCUUCUUCGUCUCACGCACAGACAGUUCUUGA